AUCUGGAAAUAUAUACGAAGGCCAGUGGGAAGACAACAUGCGCCACGGGGAGGGGAGGAUGAGGUGGCUGACCACCAACGAAGAGUACACUGGGCGGUGGGAGAGGGGCCUCCAGAAUGGCUUUGGAACACACACGUGGUUUCUAAAGAGAAUCCCCAGUUCCCAGUAUCCCUUGAGAAAUGAAUACAUAGGGGAGUUUGUAAAUGGACAUCGUCACGGACGCGGCAAGUUUUAUUACGCCAGUGGAGCCGUGUACGACGGAGAAUGGGUUUCCAAUAAGAAACAUGGCAUG